AUGUCUGCUACACCCGAACGACAGAGUGUAUCUAUUUCUAGAGUAAAAUCACCACGAACUCCAACCUCUCCGGAAAAUGUGGCGUCGCUGAGAAUAAAAGAAGCAGUUACAAACAUUCUAGAGCAUCACCGUAAAUGGAUACAAGCCGCAGAGAAGGGCGCAACGUACUGCAACGCGAUUAAACAAAUCAAGAAAAGCGCGCAACAACAAUCGUCAUCAGCGAACAACCCUUACCCAGAAAAUUUACAAAUUUAUUGCAAAAAUCUAAUGGUAAUGAUUUCGAUCAUGGAAGAUGUUGAAGCAAAUGGGUUUGCAAUAAUAGAGCAAGUAAAAACUCUUCACGAAUUCUUUUCUGAAUGCGACACAGUAGGAUGCACAUGGAACUACCAGAGAACUUUGAAUAGUUUUGAAAGAAUCAUGGCAUCGUACAAAAAGGAACUUAUUUGUCGUAAAUACAUCGCAGAAAACAUCGGACACACACAAACAAUUGAUCAGCUGCUGCUGUUGGUAACCGGUUGGAAUCAUGGUAUCGACGUUGCACGGGAUAGAGAGUUGUUUAUCAAAAUGCUAAAAAUUGAAUAUAAGUUACCAUCAUGA